AUGGGGAGGAAGGGGCGGAAGGGGAAGGGCGCGGCGGCCGGGGGAGCCGCCGGGGGGAGCGGUGGCAUGAGGGAGGCGACGUUGGUGCGCGUCUCAAAGGCGCUCGAGGACUUCCGCGCCUCCAACGCCGAGGUGUACACAUUUGAACCUGAUACAUCCAAACAAGAGCGAGCUGCAAUCCAUGUGAUGUGUAGGAAAAUGGGCAUGCUAUCCAAAAGUUCUGGGAAUGGGGCAAAGCGACGCCUUUCUGUUUAUAAAAGAAAACAGAAGCGGGGGCCUGAAAUGGAAGAAGGCCCUAGCUACCUUGUGUUUUCUGAAGAGGCAAGGCAUGUUUUGCAGGAUUUAUUUAUGCAUUACCCUCCUGGUGAUGCUGAUUUAAAUGGGGAUUUUGACCGGAAUUCUAGUGAUAAGGCUGCAAACAUCAAAUGGAAAACAGAUAGUGCGUUUUGCAGGCCAGCAAUGAGUAAACUUGAUAUAACGAAGAAAGUCGAGAUGCUUGCCUCUAAAAUCAUGGAAGACAGAACAAAACUUCCUAUUUCAUCCUUCAAGGACGUCAUCACUUCAAAUUUGGAAAAUCACCAGGUGGUUCUUAUUUCUGGACAAACAGGCUGCGGUAAAACCACCCAGGUGCCUCAAUACAUCUUGGAUCAUAUGUGGGGCAAGGGUGAAUCAUGUAAGAUCAUAUGCACUCAACCACGUCGGAUAUCAGCUAUUUCAGUUGCCGAGCGAAUUUCUGCUGAAAGAGGAGAGGCUGUUGGUGACACCGUUGGAUAUAAGAUACGUUUGGAGUCAAAAGGAGGGAAGAAUUCAUCAGUCUUGUUCUGCACAAAUGGCGUUCUUUUGAGAUUACUGAUAGGAAGAGGAACUAACACUUCGAAAGCACGAAAUCGGAAACGCUCAUUAGAUGAUGCAAUUUUGGGAAUAACACACAUCAUUGUGGAUGAAAUCCAUGAAAGGGAUAGGUUUUCUGAUUUCAUGCUGACUAUUCUAAGAGACUUGUUGCCGGUGUAUCCUCAUGUUCGUUUGGUACUCAUGAGUGCAACAAUUGAUGCUGAGCGUUUUUCGCAAUAUUUCAAUGGAUGUUCGGUCAUUCAAGUCCCUGGUUUUACCUAUCCUGUCAAAACUUUCUAUUUGGAGGAUGUUCUUUCUAUUCUACAGUCUGCGGGUGAGCAGAACACAGAAGUCUACAAUUACCAGCAUUCAGAGACUGGUGUAACACCUUUAAUUGUUUUUGCUGCGAAGGGUCAGCUUGGGGAUGUCUGUAUGCUUUUAUCUUUUGGUGUGGAUUGUUCAGCACAGGAUCAUGAUGGAAAAUCCGCAUUAGAUUGGGCACAACAAGAGAAUCAACAAGAGGUCUGUGAAGUAAUCAAGAAACAUAUGGAGUGUAGUUCAGAAAAAUCAACUGAAGAUAAUGAGCUGCUUAAUAAGUACUUGGCAACUAUUAAUCCAGAGCACAUUGAUACUCUGCUAAUUGAACGGUUGCUUGGAAAAAUUUGCGUGGAUUCCAAUGAAGGAGCCAUCUUGGUAUUUCUUCCUGGCUGGGAAGAUAUCAAUCAAACACGUGAAAGGUUAUUUGCUUCUCCAUUCUUUCGGGAUUCAUCAAGAUUUCUUGUGUUGUCUCUUCAUUCUAUGAUCCCGUCUUCGGAGCAGAAAAAGGUUUUCAAACGUCCACCAGCAGGGGUUCGUAAAAUUAUUCUCUCAACCAAUAUUGCAGAGACUGCUGUGACAAUUGAUGAUGUUGUGUUUGUCAUAGAUAGUGGGAGAAUGAAAGAGAAAAGUUAUGAUCCAUACAAUAAUGUGUCCACACUUCAUGCUUCUUGGGUUUCAAAAGCCAGUGCAAGACACAACGAAGGCGUGCUGGCCGAUGUCAGCCAGGAACUUGCUAUCAUCUUUACUCAAGGUACGCUGCUUGUUUAUAUUUAUUUUGUCCCUAAUAUUCAAUGGAAAAAAUGUCAUGAAAUAUUUCAUGGAACUGCGAUUAAAGUACUUGUUAGUUACUCGGUGCUGUUUGUUAAUCCAAUUGCCAUGCUGCAGGUCAAACUGCUUGAUUCAAACUGCAGAAUAGCAGACUUUCUGAAGAAAACCUUGGACCCUCCAAUUCCAGAAACUGUAAGAAAUGCUAUUGCUGUGCUUCAGGAUCUUGGUGCUUUAACACAAGACGAACAACUAACAGAAUUAGGAGAAAAGCUGGGUUCCCUGCCAGUCCAUCCAUCCACCACCAAGAUGCUCCUGUUUGCUAUAUUAAUGAACUGCCUGGAUCCAGCAUUGACACUGGCAUGUGCAGCUGAUUAUAGAGAUCCAUUUGUCCUUCCAAUAGCGCCAGAUGAGAGGAAAAGGGCAGCUGCAGCGAGAGUUGAGCUUGCUUCAUUGUAUGGUGGGUUCAGCGACCAACUUGCUGUUGUGGCGGCAUUUGACUGCUGGAGGCGUGCCAAAGAUAGAGGCCAAGAAUCUCAAUUUUGUGCAAAGUACUUUGUCUCUUCAAACAUCAUGUAUAUGCUAUCAAACAUGAGGAAACAACUUCAGAAUGAACUGUCUCAAAGAGGGUUUGUCCCUGCAGAUGCAUCUGCCUGCAGCUUAAAUUCUAAAGAUCCAGGUAUCAUGCGUGCUGUUCUUAUGGCUGGUGCUUACCCAAUGGUAGGGAAAUUGCUCCCUCCUCGCAAAAAUUCUAGAAAAGCAGUUGUGGAAACAGCAAGUGGUGCCAAAGUUCGUCUGCACCCACACUCCUGCAACUUUAACCUAUCUUUCAAUAAAUCUUCUGGGAAGCCACUGCUGAUAUACAAUGAGAUCACUCGAGGUGAUGGUGGAAUGUAUAUAAAAAAUUCUUCAGUUGUUGGGUCAUAUCCUUUGCUUCUAAUAGCUACAGAAAUGGUUGUUGCUCCAUCUGAUGAUGAUAGUGAUGAAGAGGAGGAAGAUUCCAGUGAGGAUGAAGCUGAGGAAAGCACUUUGGUACAGCACAAAGAAGAGAUCAUGUCUUCACCUGAUAGCACUGUUUCAGUUGUUGUUGAUCGGUGGCUCCGGUUUGACGCUACGGCUCUGGAUGUUGCUCAAAUGUACUGCUUAAGAGAACGUCUAGCAUCUGCUAUUCUUUUCAAAGUGAAACAUCCGCAAGAUGUUCUACCGCCUGCGUUUGGAGCGUCAAUGUAUGCCAUCGCAUGCAUCCUUUCAUAUGAUGGCUUGCCUGCUAUGGUUCCACCGAAUGAUCUUUCAGCAAAUGGAGGUUCAGGCCAGAAUUUAGCAGAAGCUAGCAGAUUCUCUCAGGGAAGAAGAGCGGAUUAUAUUCCACCUAGUGGGUUUCUGAUGUCCUUAUUAGCUGAUAAGACCCAUCCAGGAGGUUCUUCAGCGCAUUCUCGGCCAUCCAGGGCUCCUGUUGGCAGGUUUGAUCGAUCUCAGCGUCCUUUCCGCAAGUCUGGACCUGGGAGUUCAGCACCACGUUCUUUCAAAAGGCAGCGCGACGCUGCACGGUGA